AUGGCUGGUGCGCUUAGGGGUAGUAGAGUUAGGCAAGAGGAGAGAGAAGAUAGGUUGAGGGUAGAGUUUUGGAAUAGAGGAACCCUUCAGGGAAGUGACAGGCGUCGGACUGGAGUGGGGAUCUUAGUCGAUGAGGAGCUUAGAGGUGCUUAUGUGCCGCAGGUGGGCUUGGAGGAGGAGGUGAAAGUGAGGUUUGGAGAGGCUUUGGACGAGGUGGUGAGUAGCGUGCCUAGUUCGGAGAAGAUUGUCAUAGCGGGGGACUUUAAUGGGCACAUUGGAGUUUUGCUGAGAGGUUUUGACGAUGUGCAUGGAGGUUUUGAUUUCGGUGUUAGAAAUGAUGAGGGAGCUGCUCUAUUGGAUUUUACGAGGGCCUUUGGGCUGGUGUGGUGA